CUGAACGCACGCGGACCCGGGUCUCCAGCUGAGACAGACGGACACCAGGACACCUUCUGGGGUUGUUAACUCUCGUGUGGACAGACAUGAAGAGGACUGGGACAGAGUGAGGCUUUUGCACGCGGAUAGAGUGGAUACAAAGCGGUUUGGAGGAGGACGCGCUGCUCGAGCGCAGUCUCGCGGACUUUGGAUAACUUUGUUUUUUUAUCAAGAGAUUAAGAGCUGACACCAUGCUGCCUUACUUCCUGCUCUUCUUCCUCUCAUCUGGUCUGGUGUCAUCCUCCGACUGCCCGGCCGACUGUUCCUGCCAGGGACAGGACUCCAUAUUCUGCAUUCAGCGGCGCUCCAGCGUCGUGCCUCGUGUCCCCACCACCACGCAAAAUCUAUACAUUUUCCAGAACGGCAUCAACACUUUGACCCAAGACGACUUCAAAGGCCUGGGGGAGUUAGAGUUGCUGGAUCUGAGCCAGAAUGAGCUGGCAGAGAUUCCAGAUGGUGUGUUUGAGAUGCUGUCAAAGCUGAAGAACUUAGACCUGUCCUCUAACCACAUUGCCCACAUUUCCAAAGACAGUUUUUCUGGGUUGGUCCAGCUGGAGAGGCUGUAUCUCCACGCAAACCGCAUUCAGAGCAUCCAUUCGGAAGCUUUUGAAGGUUUGGAGAUGCUACUGGAACUUAAGCUCCAAGGAAACCAGCUCACCUCUCUGCCAUCCCUUAGUUUCCUGAGACUUCUGCUUCUAGACCUCAGCUACAACAACAUCCCAACCCUGGGACCCUCAGACCUUCAGACUCCCCACUUGGAGGCCCUUAAGGUGGCCUCGCUGGGGCUUACUGCUGUGGAUGAGGGUCUCAUAGCUUCUCUGGGGAACCUCCAUGAGCUUGACAUCUCCACAAACCAGUUAACUGAGGUGCCCCAGGCCCUGAAGCAGGACUCCCUCAAGGGGCUGAUCAAGCUCAGCCUGGCUACCAACCCAUUGGGCGAGCUCAGGGUGGAGGACUUCCAGAAACUGAGUGGGCUUCAAGAACUGGAUCUCAGUGGACUUAAUCUCCAGGGAUUUUCCCAGAGUUUCUUCCAGACCUUCCCAAGGUUGAUGCACCUGACUGCAGCUGAGAACCCAUUUAACUGCUUGUGUCCAUUAGCCUGGUUCCCAGUUUGGCUAAAGGAUAAGGAUGUGAAUCUCGGUAGGCCUGAGGAAACCAGAUGUCACUUCCCUCUAGUUAAUGCUGGGAAAAUGCUUUCAGCGCUCGAGCACAAAGAUUUUGGGUGUCAACCUACCACAACAGUGCUGAUUGGCUUCCCCAUUGGAAGUACUCCGGUUCCCCAGAUUCCCACCACAUCUCCAGAGACCAUCCAUACCAACGCUAUUCCCCCUCCUCCUCCUCCACCCAGUGAGGCAACCGUCUCCUCAAAGACGGUCAGCGCCCUUUCACCAGGACCUCCAGUCUCCCCAAGCUCCACCAGCAGGGAUCUAGGUGAGCACAUCUGCCCACCAAACAUCUGCCUCAAUGGGGGCACUUGUAAUUUUGAUCCGCUGGGUCAACUCAGCUGUCUGUGUCCGUCGGGAACCUCUGGCCUCUACUGUGAAAAUGUGGAUGAUGUUCCUGAGACACCGAAGCCUUCAGCAGCAGAGGUUUUGCUGGCUGCCCCUGCGGUGCCGGCUGAGCUUGAUGCUAUCAGCUCUCGGCAGGUGACCUCCACUUCCAUCCUUCUUGACCUGCACCGCUUCAUCGAGACACGGCCACACAUCCGUGGCAUCAGGUUGACCUACCGUAACCUCUCAGGGCCUGACCGCCGCCCCAUUAUCCUGAGUGUACCGGCAUCCUACCCCGAGUACACUUUGCGUGGGUUGAGACCCAACUGUACCUACUCUGUCUGUGCCAGCCCCCUGGGUGAAAGAGUCAACUCAAGGGCCAACAGCUCUGUAGAAACAGGGUCGUGUACGGAGGCUCGCACCGAAGGGCUUCCCCUGUCGUCCUCGGAGUCCAGGGUGGAGACACAGAGCCCGCUGACGUACACGCUCAUCCUCGCCAUGGCUGCACUGGCACUGGUGAUGGGUUUGGCCGUGGUAGCUGGCGCAAUUAUCUGUGUCCGAAGGAGGAGGCAGUCCAAGGCAGGAAUGGAGCUGGAGCUGGGCCCGGCAGAUCCUGAUCCCAUGGAGCUGGAGGGGAUAAAGGCCUGCCUGGAGAAUGGGGGAAAUAGUACAUUACCCCACAAACAGCCUGAGAUUGACCGCUGUCACACUUCUCAGCCGCCUCCAUCUUUGCAACAGAAUGGGGGUUUGGACUAUGAAUUCCCCUUGAUGCAAGGACACUGUCCAUCAAAUAACAAUCUAUCAUCCUUAAAGCCAUCUUAUUUCUAAGAUGCAAUGAACUGCAAACACUUGUAACGACAUUGGAGGCAGUGAGCUCAUCCGGAUUUGAGAAAUCCUGCUAUGGUGGUUAAAAUUACAAUUUUCAUUCCAAUAUCAGAUAUCCACAAGUUGAAAAGUGGCACUUACUAUCCUUUGGUUGACUGGAUCAUCUAUUUUAGAGACACUGAAUGAUUACAGGAUAUUUGAAAUGUGCUGAACCACUGUGGGACCGUGAUCAGGAUGGUUUAAAGUCAUCGAGAUGGUGGUGAAACCUAAACAAGUGAUUAAACUAAGUGCAAUCGACUAGAAGGGUCUUAGUAGCUGACUGAAAACGGAAGUGCCUUUUUUUGCAUUGACACAUCUGUAACCAGUGGCUCUUUGUUUUCUAUCUGUGUUUGUUUAAAAGAAACUAUGUGAAUAUGGUGAAAUCCUUUUGCUGGAUUUGGGAGGUACCGUCUGGAGAAAAAGGGCCCCAUCAGCGUUUGGGCUACCGAACCAGAGGAAGUGGUUUAAAUGAAACCAGUGAUGCAGAUGUGAGACGACCACACGAUUCAGUAUUAAAAAUGGGUUUUUCAACCAACUCCAACGGCUCCGUGGGGACUACAACGAGAACUUGCACAGUGUGGGACACUGUUCACAAACUGCCGCAAGACUGAUGAUGGUCACAUAAAGAAAUGCAAUAACUUUGCAGAUAGGUUGACGACAGUAAAAGCUGUCUGAAUAUGUUUCUGUUGACAUUAUUUAAUCUGAAAGUCUUCACAGUUGGAUUCUUCAGUGUCAACAGAUCCACCAUCAUGCUCUCCACACAUCCCGAAGCUUUUGGUUGGAGAUGAAUCUGCUGUGAAAGAAAAGAAGGACUGAAGGAAUGGACUCUGCCUGUACUGUUCUGUGCCGUGACGGGAAAGCUGUUUUGUGUAGCUUAUAUUAUGAUAUUCUGUUUUUGUCAUGUGUUUAUUUUGUGUUUUUGUUGAUGAUGUCCAUUCAGUAUUUAGCUGUGGCUGCGAGUUGAACCAUUAUUAAUUAUUCUCACUUGGAAAAAAAGUCAGCUUGAGGCUCCGAUCACUCCGAGACGCGUCGCCGGCAAAACCGUUGUUUUUCUUUCGGUUCGGUGCGGCGUGCAAAAAAGUUUAAAUAUCUUCAACUUGACCAACGCAGCCAAUCACAUCUAGCAAGAGGCGGGCUUUACUACUUUACAGCCUACUUCCUGGUUUGAUGCCGGUACAUGUGGUAGGAACGGACAAAGUCAAAUACGGACGACAGGUUGAUAUUGUCAUUGACAUGACUGAAGCUCACCUUAUUAUUCAAACACUCAUCUGAGAACACAUGCAUGGCGUUGUGUGAGCAGCCAGGUGGAUCCGUCUGGACUUGAAUUCAUUAGUCCCCGUUAAUUAUGUUUGUUCGCCUGGUUGUGCACGCACCCCCACUCCACAACGCUCACCAUCUGUUUCUGUCAAGAGGCGUUUUAUGAAACGUCCGUUGCGACGCGUCUCGGUGCGAUCAGCCGCUAAGUCACCGUGGAUCUUUUAGUUUACUAUUUGCAUUUUAGGUGACAUAGAGCUGAAUCUUCCCGGAGCUACUUGUAGUGAGUGCAGAGUAAACACAAGCUUAAAACCAGCAACAAUCAAAUAUCGCAGUCAUCUCUACAUCAUGCACAGAAGGAUUUAGUAUUCUGUUUCCCAAAGUGUGUCUGAGGAACUCACUAAGUUUAUUUUCUCUGCCAGCGCUCCACAAGGACAAACCACAGACUGUUCCUUCACAGCCAAACCUCACAAAGUUGUGUUCAAAGACCUUUUUUUUGCCACAGAAACCACUCCUAUAAAGCAGCACACGCGUGCCGAGAAAAGAAAGUGAGUUCAAAGAGCUCGAGAGAGGUUUGCUGUGAGCUUUAGGCUGCAGACCCAACUGUUGAUCCAGACAUCUUUACCCCUCCAGUGUGUUCUGGUCAACACGGACUAUUGGUGUGUGUUUAUGUGUCUGGAGACUGUUUUGCUUGUUUGCAGCCAACCAGACGGUGAAAUGCACCGUUCUGGUUUAUUUGUUCCCUCUUUUCUUUCUCGUCUGGGUGUUGUUCGUCUUUCUUUCUUACGUCUUAGCUAUCUUAGCAAUGUGCCUUAGCCACAUUGGUGCAGAGCCUUACUGAUAUCUCGUAGUGGCCAAUUACACGCUGAUGUGUAUUUCAAGAACAUUUGGCCUCGCAUGACAAAGUUUUAACAAAAAGUCCUUCCUUCCUUAUCAGUUACAGUAACAGCAAAAAGCCUGGCGACUGGGUUCCAUCUGUUCAGGUGUUUGUUAAUCGAGUCCAUGCACUUCACUCCAGCACUGUCCAAAAUCAACUUCUCCACUUUCUUCACUCUGUCAGUAUUCCACUAUAAACACAGACACAGAUGCUCGAUAUAUCAACUGGAAGAGAGGCAGGAAAUGUUUGAAAUCUUUUUCAAAGUGUGUGAAAACCUUCCCUGAUUGUUGAGGGGGAGCCUUUCUCUUUGUUCUUUUUGUAUUGUUUUGUGUUUGUCGUUUACGUCAAUUAUAAUGUUGUGUGUCUGCCAGAGAAGGCAGUGCUGAGAGAACAACAACAGUAUUAAAAUGUUGAGUUUGAGUCUCUGCUCUUUCAUAACGGUGCAGUAAUGUUUCCUUGUGGAUUUGAGGAAUGCGGUCCCAUCGGAGGCUGCGAGUGAGUUGUGAAUGCUGUCGCAGAGAAACGCAGAAAAGAUUUCCAGCAACAACAGAAGCCGAUUACACAGCCUGUAUCUCUCAGUACCUCAUUACACACACACACACACACACACACACUAAACUCAACCACAACAGGAUCACUGUGUGACGUUGAGCUCAUUUAAGCUAAUAGCCAGGAACAGACGCCAGUGGAAAAUAUUACUAAACAACACACAGUUAGACAUUACAGAGCUCUGCUGCUUUUAUCGGCUGGUUUCUUGCUGACUCAGCAUCUUGACAUCUUGCACAAAGUAAACAAAGGAACAGCGAAAGGAUGAACGUCCACACUUACACUGACAGCAUUUUGUAAAUCUUUACAAGCAGGGGAACGUUUUGAUUAUUGAUUCAGCUUUAAACAAACAGGCAGUCCUGGUUCAGGGUCACUGAUCGGUCUCCAAGGCUAACAAACGGAAACAUUAGUGACUUCACCGUCCAGGUAUGUCUGACCUCAACCGCCAGUCCACACUGGAGACGUCCAAGACGUGGAGGAUCAUUUAUUAAAUGGGUGUUUUGAUAUGUGUUGAACUCACAUGAAUAAUGACUACAUAUCAUUUAAGAGUCUUAAACUCUUCUCUGUGGUCAAAAGAAAGUGACUGUUGUUAGUUUGUUAAGGUGACAACACGUUCAGAGGGGCUGUAAAGUGUUAGCGCUCGCUGGGAAGAGAUCGGACGCAGACGAUGGCUGGUUAGUUAGCUAGUUAGCUUGUUAGCUUGUCCUCCU